AAAAUAACUUGGGUGGUGAAAGAAACAGCAGAAAUUUUUCUCCAAGAAUGCAGAAUGCAUUGUGCUUCUGUCCAGAAACUAGUGGACUCCUACAAGAUGGCUAAUCUAAACAUCUCCUCGCUGUGUGUAGAGAUCAGUGAACAUCUCUUAGUCAGGAUUAACCCUAAAAUGAUAUAUGAAAAUCUCCAGUUUGAGGCUGACCAGGCCAGACACAGAGAUCAUGUUGUCAAGAAAUUGAAUGAAAUGCAUGAGUCUAUUGUAUCAACUCUACAACAGUCACAUGAAUUUUAUUGGUACAGUUACACAGAUAAGAUGGAUAGAAUGGUGGAAGAGGCAUUCAGAUUAAACAUCAAGUGGUCCCUUCAGGAGCUGCUGAAAGCUAUGAAUGGAGAUGGUAAAUCAGCCCCCAACCCUCUAUUCAGACUGAAGGUUGUCCUGGAAAGAGAUAAGCUGGCAUCUAUAGUAGAGGACAUAGGCAAGAUCCACCUGAUCAAUGCUGUUAAUACUUUCAAACGGUUGCCAGAAAUACUGACCAAGACCAAGUCAAGCAAGAUGCCAAUCUUCGAGAGCAUUCGUUUAGAUGAAGAAAUCAACAAAAUACUAAACUACAUUACUGCAAGUAUGCAAAAUAAUGCUAUGCACUUACAGAAUUACUUGAGUACUUGGGACACAUACAGGGAAAUCUGGGAAAUAAAUAAAGAUGCAUUUAUUGGAAGAUACCAGAAACUGAAUCCACAAAAUUCAUCCUUUGAUGCUGAUAUUGCCAGGUACAAUGAGGUAGCAAACAAUGUCCAGAUGCAAGAAACCAUUCUCAGCGUUCAGUUUGUGCUGCUGGAUUGCUCCUCUCUGAAGGCUGCAAUUCUCAGCCACUGCCAGGAGUGGCAGAACAAGUUCACCACUUUGUUGCGUAACAUUGCCACCAGCUCCCUGCAGGAUUUGAUGAACUAUCUGGCAUCCAACAGCAAGAAGGUAUCUACAAUUCCACAAACACUCGACCAGCUGGUGGAGCGCCUUCAGCUCUGGGAUAAGCUGAAAGAGGAGGCACCACUGAUAGAGAGAAAGUUCCCCCCACUCGUGGAACAGUUUGUCAUUCUGGACAAGUAUAAUGUUGACAUAUCAGCAGGGGUGAGGAAGCAGUUGAAUGACCUGCCUGUAGAGUGGGAAAGUUUCCUGGAUACACUUGGAGAGGCUGAAAGUAUGCUCAAGAAACAGAAGGAAAUAUUCAAAGCUGAGCUGUUGCGGCAGGCAGCAGAGUUGAAGCAGCAAAUCUCUGAAUUGAUCACAGAGUUUGACACCACAGGGCCCUUCUCCUCAAGUGUUGCCAUCAGUGACGCUUUUAUAGCCAUUUCUGGCUUUCAGCACAAGAAGACCGCCUGUAAGGAAAUGGAGCAGACGAUUCGUCACGGUCUGAAUAUCUUCAACAUUGAUCAUCCACCAUCCAAGGAGCUGGCCAUUUUAGAAAAGGAUCUGGAGAACAUCAAGAGUGUCUGGGAACUGACUGAUGAAUGGAUGAAAUGCUGGAACAAGUGGAAGACUCAUACUUUCACCGUUUUGAAAGUCUCUGAGAUGGAGGAGACGUCUUCAUAUCUGCAGAAGAAUUUGACACGACUCAGUAAAGCUUUCAAGGACAAACGAUGUGAGAUAGUUGAGGAUACUCAAAGUAAAGUUGAUCAGAUAAAGAGAACCCUGCCUUUGAUCACUGAUUUAAAGAACCAUGCCAUGAGACCUCGACACUGGACACAGAUUCAGGAUGAGAUGGACCGAUCAUUCGACCAUACCUCCGAGGAGUUCACCCUGGAGAAGAUAAUCAGCUAUGGCUUUGAUCACCAUUCAGAAUUUAUUGCUGAAGUUUCCUAUUCUGCAACCAAAGAGUUGGCCAUUGAAAAAGCUUUGAAAACCAUUGCUGCAACCUGGCAAGCCGCUGAGCUGGACAUUGUUCCAUACCGAGAUAAAGGGCUCUUCAAACUUGGUUCAGUUGAAGAAAUCUUUGCCACCCUGGAGGAGAACCAAGGGCUGUUGACCACCAUGAAGACAUCACGGUUUGUCAAAGCAUUUGAGAAGGAGGUUGACUACUGGGAGCGAACAGUUUCUCAUAUUCUGGAGACCAUUGAGAUGCUGAUGGUGAUACAGAAACACUGGAUGUACAUGGAGAAUAUCUUCAUUGGAGAUGACAUCAGAAGACAGCUGCCUGAGGAGACUGCACACUUUGAUUCCAUCAAUGGAAAUUGGAAGGAGAUCAUGAGCAGGCUGAAUGGAGACAGGAAUGCACUGCGAGGCACACACUAUCCUGGCAUCCUGCAGCACUUAACUGAGAUGAAUGAAGAAUUAGAAACAAUUCGGAGAAGUCUGGAUUUAUACCUAGAAACCAAGCGGAAUGUAUUUCCAAGGUUCUACUUCCUGUCCAAUGAUACUCUUUUGGAGAUUCUGGGUCAGUCCCGGAACCCAGAAAGCAUUCUGCCUUAUCUGAAGCAUUGCUUUGACAAUAUUAAAUCACUGAAAAUGGCAAAGAAGUGGGAAGCUGCAGGCAUGUUUGCCUCUGAUGGAGAGUAUGUGGAGUUUAACCACAGUGUGAAUAUGGAAGGGCAGGUUGAGGUGUACUUGGGUGAUGUUGAAAGAAUGAUGAGGGUGACGCUCAAGGAAAGUUUACGUCACUGCAGGGCAGCCUUGAAGAAAAGCAUGAAUAAGAGAGACAAGUGGAUCAAAGACUGGCCUGGCCAGAUGUGUGUCAUAGCCAGUCAGAUUCAGUGGACGCAGGAUGUAAUGAAGGCCUUGGGUUUGGUCAGUGAAAGGGGUGACAUUAAAGCCUUGAAAAAUUGCAAGAAAAAACAGAGAUUAAUGCUAAACAAGCUGUCAGAAACAAUUCGAACCCAGCUGUCAAAACUGAUGCGUCUGAAGAUUGUAACCUUGGUGACUAUAGAAGUCCAUGCUCGGGAUGUCAUCGAGAAGUUGCUGAAAGCUAAUGUCAGUGACGUAAAUUCCUUUGAUUGGCUUUCACAGCUGAGAUAUUACUGGGAGAAGGAGUAUGAUGACUGCAUCAUUCGGCAGACAACUGCGUACUUUGUGUACAGUUAUGAGUAUCUGGGUAACUCGGGCCGCUUGGUCAUUACACCGUUGACUGACAGGUGCCAAUUGACCAUCUCUACAGCCCUCAACCUCUGUAAAGGGGGAUGUCUUAAAGGUCCAGCUAGUACUGGCAAAACAGAGACAGUCAAAGACUUUGGUAAAGCCUUGGGCUUACUUGUGCUUGUUGUAAACUGUUCUGAAGGUCUGGACUAUAGAUCUACGGGCAGGCUAUUUGCUGGCUUGUCCCAGACUGGUGCUUGGGGCAGCUUUGAUGAAAUGAAUCGUAUCAACAUUGAAGUCCUGUCGGUGAUAGCUCAACAAAUAAUAGCCAUCCUAACAGCCCUGGCUGCUCACCUGGACAAAUUUGUGUUUGAAGGCCAUCUGAUUAGCCUGGUGUCCACGUGUGGCUUUUUCAUCACCAUGAACCCAGGUUAUUCUGGAAGACAGGAGCUUCCUGAUAACCUGAAAUCUCUUUUUCGGCCAAUGGCCAUGGUUGUGCCAGAUACUUCGUUCAUUGCGGAAAUAUGCUUAUUUGCUGAGGGCUUCAAUAACACAAAGAUACUGUCCAAGAAGACUUCCACCUUGUACAGUCUGGCUACACAGCAGCUGAGUAAACAGGACCAUUAUGACUUUGUUCUUCGGGGUGUUGUCUCCAUGCUGAAGUAUGCAGGCAAGAAGAAAAGAGCACUGCCACAUUUGUCUGACGAGGAGAUAUUAUGUAUGUCAGUGAAGGAGAUGAACUUACCGAAACUAGUGCAGGAUGAUGUUCCUCUCUUUAAUGGAAUCGUCUCGGAUCUGUUCCCAGAUCUUGUUAUUCCCACUACAUAUCGUGCAAAGCUGAUCAGUGUUAUAGAGGAGGAGUUGAAAGAGAAACAGCUGCAGGCAACACAGAGUACAAUUACCAAAGUGUUCCAGCUGUUGGAUGCUAAGACAGCACGUCAUUCAGUGAUGCUGGUUGGGGCAACGAUGUCAGCUAAAACUACAAUAUGGCGGGUACUCGAAGCCAGCAUUAAUCGUCUCAAUAAAGCUGGGGAACCAUUUUAUGUCGUCCGA